CAACAGUGUAAUUAAAAAAAAAACAAACAGGGACAGGAAUUACAGGAAAGCACGUGUGAAAACACUGAAGCCAAAAUUCGCAAGAAACAAAAGAUUUUAAAUGGAUAACAAUUACAUUUUAACUGAUAGUGGCCCAUUGAAGGCUCCUUCAAAGCCGUCGGUGUGGAGUUUAAAAUUCUUUAAGACGAAAUUUAAAAUCCAAGUUAUGUACAUGGGUGACAUGGAAAUGGAGUUUGACAUGGUAGGCGUCGAACCCUCCCUGGCUAAUGCAUUCCGUAGGAUCCUCUUGUCGGAGGUUCCAAGUAUUGCUAUUAAAGAGGUCCACAUGUACAUGAAUACCUCGGUGAUUCAAGACGAAGUUCUUGCACACAGAAUAGGCCUCAUUCCAUUCAAAGCCAACCCUCACCAAUUUGAAACUCAACAAGAAGGCGCUGCUCCAUCAGAACAAGACACACUGGAGUUUGAAUUAAAAAUCAAGUGUACCAAAAACAACAAUGCCACAGCAAAGUCCACCGAGCUAGCUGACCUGUACAAAAACCAUGCAGUUUAUAGCAAAAGUAUCAAAUGGUUGCCAAUGGGAGACCAGGAGAAAAUGUUCAGUGCGGCUGACGUUGGUCCGGUUUUCGACGACAUCCUUAUUGCUAAACUGAGACCAGGACAGGAAAUAGAGAUGAAAAUGCUUGCUGGGAAAGGCUGUGGAAAAGAUCACGCCAAAUAUUCUCCUGUGUCCACAGCGUCCUACAGGCUGCUUCCAACUAUUGAGUUGACACGUGAAAUCGAAGGAGACGCAGCUCAUAGACUUCAAAAAUCAUUCAGUCCUGGAGUGAUCGAAGUUGUGGAAAAGAAAGGAAAAUCCAUUGCAAAGGUGAAAAAUGCAAGGUACGACAACGGCAGUCGAAAUUACAUGUUGCAUCCUGAUUUGGCAUCAUUUGUCAAGGUUGGCAGAGUUCCAGACCACCACAUUUUCACUAUUGAAUCUGUUGGUGCUAUGGAGCCGGAAGCCUUAUUUCUAGAUGCUGUUAAAGUUCUCAAAACAAAAUGUACAAAUUUGCUAGCAGAAUUGGACAAAUGUUCCUAAACGUGGCAAACUACUUUUUUUUAAUUAAAAGUUUUGUGUUUAACCAUUGAAAAGCCGGUGUAUAAUUUAUUUCGGUCCACUCAUUUGCCUGUAUUUUGCACUGGAACAAGCAUCAUUAAUCACAAUAAGCCUUUUAAUGAGCGGGCGCCAUGCAUGUAAUUGUUUUCAGACUGCAUAUGCCCUUGAACCGCCUGCACCAUAAUUUGCAUGCAUUUGUUUAGCCAGCGCGGACUUCCCUUCUAGCACUACGAACCGUGAAAAUUUGCUUUU